AUUUUUACUAGUAGUCUAAUUCAACACUUGUUUCAGUCGCAACAAAGCUAAACAGAAGAGGUAUACCAACAAAGAAAAACGAGAACAACAACAAAAAUGGCGUCGGCGUUGAGAUCUGCUAUACUCCGACACAUCCGUGUUCCUGCAGCCCAAUCCCUAUCUUCAAAUGGAUCUAGGCUAACAGCUGUCAGAUUGAUGUCAUCACACGAUGACCAUAUCACCAAAGAUGAAGUCAUCAACAGAGUCCUUGAUGUCAUCAAAUGCUACCCUAAAAUCGACCCUUCCAAGGUGACCCCUGAAGUCCACUUUGAGAAGGAUUUGGGCUUGGACAGCUUAGAUACAGUAGAGAUUGUAAUGGCUUUGGAGGAAGAGUUCAAGCUGGAGAUUCCAGACAAGGAAGCUGUCAGAAUAGAGUCCUGUGAACAGGCAAUUGAGUACAUUUAUAAUCACCCAAUGUCGAGUUAGACUCAAUGCAUCUUUGUUGGUUUGAAUUUGUUCAUCAUAAUCAAAGGUACACUUGGCCCUUGUCAUUUGACUAGUUCAAGGUUGUAGGAUUCUGAUCCUCUUUGACAGGCAAUAAUCAGACUUUUAAAGACAA